AUGGUGUCGAACUUUAACGCCAACACGACGAAUUUCUACCAGAAGAUGGAGGCAGUUUUCGCCACGAUGGAUAAAAUGGGGCUCCCGCUCAAGCUGCGAGAGCGCGUGCACCAGUAUUGCACCCACGCCUGGAUGGAGUACGAGUCGUUGGACGGUGACAUCGUCAAGUUCCAGCGUGAAUUGGCCCACACACUCGGACUCGAGGUCGGACUGUACAAGUACAUGAGCUGUUCUCCAGACUUUGCAACGCAGAUCAUCCUCAGCUUAGAAGCUCGAGUUUACUUACCUGACGACUACGUUGUCCGCAAGGGGGACACUGGCGCGGAGAUGUUCAUGAUCAAUCGAGGCAUCUGUGAGGUUACGGACCCAGCGAUAGCGCAACAACUGAACGUGAAUAUCGUGGUCAGCUCAAGCGACCAAUCCUCCGGAGGUGGCAGUGGCAGUACAUACUUCGGAUAG